UAAUCGUGUGAGGAGUACCAAUCAUUGUUUUUCUACACAUUGGUUUGCACACCUUUGAUGCUGAAUAUCGUGACUGCAAAAUAUGUUGAAUUCUCCCUGAGAGAAGCCAUCCAUCUGGUUUCACACUGCUGGGGGAUGUGUGGUAACAACACUGCAACUGAGGUGUUAAUGUUCCAUGUCAUGCUCAGAGGUUCUCCAUGGGCGCUCGGAAUGAGCGGCACACACUGACAGAACUUCAUGUACGGCAACAGAGUUGUGAGUGUAGCCAGCUGAGGCGGAAUCUAAUAGCCUCUCAGAGGAAGAAGCGGCCAGUUGGAGUGAUUAAUUACAGUUAAUUUACCAACCAAGCCGCAAAGCAUGAAGAGAAGAUCGGAACUGCAGCAGGAACCAUUUUUGUUGCUUAAUGCACUUAAACUAUUCUGUAAGUGUAUGGAAUAUGACUUUAUGAGCUUCACGCCCAACCCCCUAUGUAGGAAACUCAUUUCACGCUUCAGCGUCGGCUAUCUCCAUUUAAGAUUCCAACUCCAGGUAAGGGUUACAACAUGAUGGGCUUCGACUUUCGCAAGUGGAAUAGAUCAGGGCAACACCUACCUAACUGUGGAUGUCACAUACCAUAAUAGUUUUUUAACAUUAUUGAUAUUGGACAUAUUUACUAACUGAGUUGCUAUUUCUUCAUAGGGCAGCACAACUUUUUAUCUGUUGGCAUGGGGUAUGCUAUCUUACAAAUUAAACCAUGAACUCCUUUUAAAUGGGUUAUACUUGUACAGCACUUUUCUACCUUCAAGGUCCUGGGUAUGACUCAAAACUGCAUCCGGUGAUGAGGCUCCAGUUCGGGAGUUCUGGAGUUUUGGGGAAGGUGGAGUUACCGCUCAGUCAUCAUUGUGGUAGUACCUGUCAGGGUCCCAGCUAUGGGUUAAAUAGCUUGCGUUCUUACUUUAAAACCACACUGGCUUCAUACGCACGACUCUUCCCGGACAUGGUCGCCGCCCUGCGCUCUCAAGCCGAGUUGCUGCCCAAGUCCUGGCGACAGACGCUGCCAGAAGACGAGCACGACUGGGUGGGCUGUGCGCUUUUUGUCCGAGGUCCCAAGGGGAAAGCGGUUCUCAAGUCUAGGCUGCAGCUAUGGUGGCAACCUCCUCAGAAGUUGCCGUAUUACACGCAAUCCCCUGCCUCAUCCGCUGUGUUUUUCCACUCACGCUUUUUCCUGUGGUGCCCGAACAAGCUUUGGGGCUGUAAGCUCGAGUGCCCAAAACGCAUGCACAAUCUGACGGGUUGCGGACUGUACAAGACCCUGAGAAAGGUCUUGGACUUAAGUAACUGGUACUACAUGGCCACAGAGUACCUGGAGUGCCACGCGUGCCACAAGAAGUAUGUCACGUGGGCCAGCAACAUCGUCGGGCAGCUGAGCACGGCAAAACAGGCAGAGUUCCCGGCAAUCCUCACCUACAAGUUAUCUUGUGACAAGAAGGUCAUAUGGCAGAUGCAGGCUCGCACGCAGGGUGACAGUACCACUCGGCUUCGCUCCCACCUGGUAGUCGAGCACUCGCGAGAGUGGCAGACUCUCAGUGUACGUGAGGGAGGUUCUUCCUCGCAUGGAGCACACGAAGGCCAGGAUUACGUCUACAUUCGGAAGUAUCCUGAAAAUGGACUCCACCAAGAAGGUAUGUCCGAGAAAUGGCACCAACUACGAUCACAUUAAAUGCUUUUCGUCUUUUGUUUUUCCUAGAUGACCAAGAAGCUGGCAGGUGAAGCCGCGGGAACGGCUGCCAGGGUCACCAACGUCGGCAACGAGCUGGGCCAGGUGCUCAUCUCGGUUCUGACGGCGGCCGAGGGGGGCGGUCUGCUGGCCAUGGCCCAGGGACUCAAGCGCUGCUACCGGGAGGCCGGGUGAGACCCUACUCACGUGCUCUACGUGGACCCUGACUGCUGCUGCUCCGCCGCUGGACAGCCUAAGGUGGCGGCUACGUUCGUCGAGUGGGACCGGCCGGUGGUGCGCCUGGAUGCGUGGCACCUCAUGCGCCGCUUUGCCAGGGGCGUUUCCACAGAGGCCCACAUGCUGUAUGGCGAAUUCAUGAAUAAACUCUCGUUUGCCAUGUUUGAGUGGGACGAGGGGGACGUGAGGCGUCUGAGUGAGGCUAAGCAGGCGGAGCAUGGCGGGAAUGCCCACGUCGAGCUGUCAAACAAGGAGCUGCACCGUCACAGCCGCCGGUGCUCCAGAGGAGCGGAGGAGACCGCCAGUCUUGUCCAGGAGGUGCUGGAUCACCUGUGGGAUGCCAAAAACACAUUGGGCGUCAAGCUGUUUGACCAAGACAGGAUGAGGGAGAUCUGGAGCACUCAGCGACGCCACUUGGGCUGCAUCCAGGACCCGCCUGGCGUGGCGCUUUAUACCAGGACUUCAACAGUGACCAGAGGAGGGGUGGCUCUUCCCGUCUUCCGCUGUGCACGGGGCUCCACUUCUCUGGAGAGCUUCCAUCUGCACUUGUGCCGUUUCAUUCCAGGUACGUCGGCCAACGCCCUCCAUUUUCAGGUUUACCUCCUGGAGGGUCUGUGUAGUUGGAACGAGGAAGAGCGGCAGUGGAAGGGACCGAUGUUGUCACGGUGCAGUGUUAUGACGCCAGCCUGCAAGAUGCCC